AUGCGGAUAGAGAGAUGCGUUGCAUCGAUGAGUCUCGUCCCUCAGCUGCUGAAGCUCACUGCUGUUAAGACACUCCUGGCAGCCGCGUGUCUGUGGCUGCUCAUAUUCCAGUACGGUCGAUAUCAUUUCUGGCGAGAUCCUCACUCGGCAUUCUUCAAUGACCGCGGCGGCGUUUACGACUUGGAAUACAGCUUGAGUAGGGAACGUGAAGCCCAUCACUUCAUCUCCCGUUAUAAUGCGCCCACCAACCCGCCUGCGUCGAUCAAGGGCGGUACCGAUCCCCUAUUCUGCGUCGCCUUCGUGACCGUCCGGCGGGAAUCAGACGACUACUUUGAUCCCUCUAUUGGGUCUUUGCUUGCAGGACUGGAUCCCCGAGAACGGCGGGCUCUCCACCUCAACAUCCUCUUUGCUGAUACAGACCCCACGAAACAUCCAAGCUGGGGUCAGAAAUGGGUAGGUCGGCUCACGGAUGUAGCGGAAACGUAUAAUGUCUCUAAGAGCCAACUUGACCAUUUGAAAAAGCUGGAGGCGGACAGGAACUUUUAUGAAAAGGGGGUAUUUGACUAUGUCUAUGCGCUAUCUUCCUGUCAGCAGUCCAACGCCCCAUACACGGUGGUAUUCGAAGACGAUAUUAUCAUCGCGGACGGUUGGAUGGCUAAGACGCUGAAGGCCCUUAGUGACAUCAAACGUAUGCCCUCGGAUAAACGGCCUUGGAUCUACCUUCGACUCUUCUAUACUGAAACAGCUCUGGGCUGGGAGUCGUCGGAUUUUGCAUAUAGAAAUAUGCCGUUGGUUUUCGCAGCUGGGAUGCUGCUUGCAUUCGCAUUUCUAACGGCCAUCCGGAGGAUUCGGCCCUGUCGAGCUUCACUAGAUGUUCCCACAAUACUGGCCAUAUGCGUAAUUUGCGUACCCGCUUUUAUCGCCCUUAUAUAUAUGACGGGGAAAUACUCGCUGUCCCCUCUCCACGGUGUCGUGGAGAUUAACCCGUAUGGAUGCUGCACGCAGGGUAUGGUGUUUCCAAGGGAUCAGGUCAAUCCACUUAUUGACUAUCUCCGGGGAAGAGGCCAUGGCCAAACGGAUACUAUGAUCGAGGAAUAUGCGGAGGAGAAAAAACUGACGAGAUAUGCGCUUGUUCCUCAGCAGCUCCAGCAUGUGGGACUCAAGUCCAGCCGUGAUAAUACUGAGCUUAACGCACAGAGUACCUGGGCCUUCUAUUUUGAGCUGAAUAAGCCGAAACUGCUUAGGAAAGAACAUGACGAGAUUUUGCAGAACAAAGAGAUUGGACAACUUUUGGAUAAGCAUGGCGCAGAAAAAUGA